AUGCAGCGCGGUAUUUUGUGGCUGAGCCGGGCAUCUCAUCCACUAUGGCGUGAUACAUCUGUAACACUUGACAUCGCAAGAAAGUCGAUCCGACGACCAAGAUGCCUACGCAGGACAUUUAGUUCGAGCCCAAAGGACCAAAAUUUGGAGGAGGAUGCUACUGCUCUCGCCCAGGGACCUAAAGACACGCUUCUCAUGUUAGGAUAUUCGGUCAAGGAAAAUGAAAUGGAAACUCAUGUUAAGGCACUACAAGAAACUCUAAAACUUAAAAUGAUGACACUGAAAUACUAUUCCGAGGAUAUGGCACAAAGUUUUACUGACCUUGCAAUGGCACAACAUCAAUCGGUUCAGUUUAUCAACGAUGCUAAGGAGAACUAUCUAAAAGCAUUGGAUAUUUGGCGGCACCUUAGGGGACCUGAGUCAAGGGAGGUAGCAAAUAUGCUAUGCCUAAUAGGGGUUGUAUUGCGUGACAUCGGCGACAUCGAUGCCGCCAUGUCAGCUUUUGAAGAUUCACUUAAAAUAGACAAGAAAUUAGGCACCGUUGAAAGUCAAUUGUCAAGUGUAUUUGCCAUCAACAACCUAGCAGGGAUACAACAUCUAAAAGGUAACCUGACGGAGGCCAUAGAACUGUAUGAGGAUGCCGUCAGGAUCAUGCUCACCGCCACUGGUGGUGAUAAGAAUCACCGAAUGAUUGCUAUAUUGUACUACAACAUAGGUAGGGCCCAGAUCAGGUUAACACAGUGUGAUGCAGGGUGCUGCCACCAUUAUUUGAAGGAUCGUGUAGCCGCCGAAACUGCACUACGCAGGGUAAGAUUAGAAGCUACGCUAGUCAUCCGCAUGCUCAGGCAAGGGAUAUAA